AAAAAAAAAACUGGGCUGCGAAGUAAUUACAAGUUACAACAGAUUUUGCUGGCGUGGAUGGAUGGGGACGACUAUUGAUACCGCCUUUAGUUUCUGCACUUUGAAUUUUGUGUCCUUUGCUCUGCUAACAAGAGCAGCGUUUUUGGUUUGAGGAUUUAUUAUCUCCUACUUUAUAUAAUAGUAGCAGAAGACAAAGAAAAAAGGUGUUCCGUUGAAGACGGGGGAAGAUAUGAAGGUGGCGAAUGAGGCUAUCUUAUAUGUUAACGGAGUUCGCAGGGUGUUACCUGAUGGAUUCGCUCAUUUCACUCUUCUCGAGUAUCUCAGAGAUAUAGGUCUGACCGGGACAAAACUAGGAUGUGGGGAAGGUGGUUGUGGAGCUUGCACAGUUAUGGUUUCUCAAUUUGAUAGAAGAUUGAAGAAAUGCUCACACUAUGCUAUCAAUGCUUGCUUAGCACCUCUAUAUUCUGUAGAAGGGAUGCACGUGAUUACAGUGGAGGGAUUGGGAAGCUGCAAGCGUGGACUACACCCUGUUCAGGAAUCCCUGGCUCGGGCUCAUGGUUCACAAUGUGGAUUUUGUACUCCUGGUUUUGUUAUGUCCAUGUAUGCAUUAUUACGGUCAAGUCAAACACCGCCUAGUGAAGAACAAAUUGAAGAAUGCCUUGCAGGAAAUUUAUGUAGGUGCACUGGUUACAGACCAAUAUUUGAUGCAUUCCGGGUCUUCGCAAAAACUAGCAAUGACUUGUAUACUGGUGUUUCUUCAUUGAGCCUUGAAGAAGGCAAGUCUGUUUGCCCAUCAACAGGAAAACCCUGUUCAUGUAAUUUAAACAAUGUAAAUGAUAAAUGUGUAGGUGGUGAUAAGAGAUAUGAGUCUACUUCCUAUGAUGAAAUAGAUGGUACCAAAUACACAGAAAGGGAACUUAUUUUUCCUCCUGAACUGUUGUUAAGGACACCAACCUCAUUAAAUUUGACUGGAUUUGGUGGGCUAAUGUGGUUUCGGCCUUUAACACUUCAACACGCAUUGGAUUUAAAAGACAAAUAUUCUGAUGCAAAGUUGCUAGUUGGUAAUACUGAGGUAGGAAUUGAGAUGAGGCUAAAGAGAAUGCCAUAUCGGGUUCUAAUUUCUGUAAUGCAUGUGCCAGAACUAAAUGCUUUGGAUUCAAAGGAUGAUGGCUUAGAGAUAGGUGCUGCAGUAAGACUAUCUGAUCUUAUGAAUUUUUUCAAAAAGGUUGUAACUGAGCGAGCUGCUCAUGAAACUUUGUCUUGUAAGGCUUUUAUUGAGCAACUGAAAUGGUUUGCUGGAACACAGAUAAGAAAUGCUGCAUCAGUUGGUGGGAAUAUAUGUACUGCCAGUCCAAUAUCAGAUUUGAAUCCUCUAUGGAUGGCAGCUAGAGCAAAAUUUCGAAUUAUUGAUGCUAAAGGAAACAUCAGGACAGUCCUGGCCGAAAAUUUUUUCCUCCCGGGUUAUCGUAAAGUGAAUUUAGCAAGUGGUGAAAUCUUGCUGUCAGUAUUCCUGCCCUGGAAUAGGACUUUUGAGUUUGUGAAAGAAUUUAAACAGUCUCAUAGAAGGGAUGAUGAUAUUGCAAUUGUAAAUGCAGGUAUUCGUGUUCAUCUUCAGGAACAUAGUGAAAACUGGGUGGUUGCUGAUGCAUCAAUUUUUUAUGGUGGGGUGGCUCCAUAUUCACUUGCAGCAACAAAAACUAAGGAAUUUCUCAUAGGAAAGAAUUGGGACCAAGAUCUCUUGCAAAAUGCAUUGAAAGUCCUACAAAAGGAUAUAUUACUCAAGGAAGAUGCUCCUGGCGGAAUGGUAGAGUUCCGGAAAUCUUUGACUUUAAGUUUCUUUUUUAAAUUUUUUCUGUGGGUGUCUCAUCAAAUGGGUAGCAUCAAAGAGAGUAUACCAUCAUCCCAUCUAUCUGCUGUGCACUCAGUCCACCGACCACCAAUUACAGGAUCUCAGGACUAUGAAAUAAGGAAACGUGGGACUUCUGUGGGUUCUCCAGAGGUUCAUCUAUCUGCAAGACUUCAGGUUACAGGAGAAGCAGAAUAUACUGAUGACACACCAAUGCCUCCCAAUGGUUUGCAUGCUGCCUUUGUUUUGAGUAAAAAACCUCAUGCUCGAAUAAAUAGAAUUGAUGAUUCAGGGGCCAUAUCUUUGCCUGGAUUUGUGAGCUUAUUUCUGGCCAAAGAUGUACCAGGUGAUAAUAAAAUUGGAGCAGUUGUUGCUGAUGAGGAUCUCUUUGCUGUAGAUUAUGUCACUUGUGUGGGGCAGGUUAUAGGAGUAGUUGUAGCUGAUACUCAUGAAAAUGCAAAGAUUGCAGCAAGAAGAGUUCAUGUUGAGUAUGAAGAGCUCCCAGCCAUCCUUUCAAUACGGGAUGCCGUCAAUGCUAGAAGUUUUCACCCCAAUACAGAAAAGUGUUUGAGUAAAGGUGAUGUUGAUCACUGUUUUCAAUCAGGUCAGUGUGACCGAAUAAUUGAAGGGGAAGUUCAGAUGGGAGGUCAGGAACACUUUUAUCUGGAGCCACAUAGCACUUUGAUAUGGACAGUGGAUGGUGGAAAUGAAGUUCAUAUGAUAUCAUCUACUCAAGCUCCUCAGAAGCACCAGAAAUAUGUUUCUCAUGUUCUUGGCCUUCCCAUGUCAAAGGUAGUUUGCAAAACAAAACGAGUUGGUGGUGGAUUUGGGGGGAAGGAGACAAGAUCAGCCUUUAUUGCUGCUGCUGCUUCAGUUCCAUCUUAUCUGUUAAAUCGACCAGUGAAAAUCACACUGGACCGAGAUGUGGACAUGAUGAUAACUGGGCAGCGGCAUAGUUUUCUAGGGAAGUACAAGGUUGGAUUUACAAAUGAAGGGAGGGUGCUUGCGCUGGAUCUUGAAAUUUAUAACAAUGCUGGAAACUCACUGGAUCUAUCGCUUGCUAUCCUUGAACGUGCUAUGUUUCAUUCAGACAAUGUGUAUGAAAUACCAAAUAUGAGGGUAAUGGGGAGAGCUUGCUUUACUAAUUUCCCUAGCCACACUGCUUUCCGUGGAUUUGGUGGUCCUCAAGGCUUGCUCAUUGCUGAAAACUGGAUUCAAAGGAUUGCUGUGGAACUCAAGAUGAGUCCAGAAAAGAUAAGGGAAAUUAAUUUUCAAGGAGAAGGAUCCGUUCUGCAUUAUGGCCAGAUAGUUCAGUACAGCACACUAGCCCCACUGUGGAAUGAACUUAAGUUAUCCUGUGACUUUGCGAAGGCACGUGAAGAAGUUGACCAAUUCAAUAGUCACAACCGCUGGAGGAAGCGUGGCAUUGCUAUGAUUCCUAAUAAGUUUGGUAUAUCCUUUACAACAAAGCUUAUGAACCAGGCAGGUGCUCUGGUUCAAGUCUAUACGGAUGGAACUGUUUUAGUUACCCAUGGGGGUGUAGAAAUGGGGCAAGGUUUGCAUACCAAAGUUGCCCAAAUUGCUGCUUCAGCUUUCAACAUCCCUCUUAGUUCUGUCUUCAUAUCAGAUACUAGUACCGACAAGGUUCCUAAUGCUUCAGCAACAGCAGCUUCUGCAAGUUCUGAUAUGUAUGGAGCAGCGGUUUUGGAUGCAUGUGAGCAAAUAAUGGCACGCAUGGAACCUAUUGCUUCACAGCAUAACUUCAACUCAUUUGCUGAGCUAGUUGGUGCAUGCUAUGCAGAACGAAUAGACCUUUCUGCCCAUGGAUUUUAUAUUACUCCUGAUAUUGGUUUUGAUUGGACGACGGGUAAAGGAAAACCUUUCAGAUAUUUCACUUAUGGGGCUGCAUUUGCUGAGGUUGAAAUUGACACCCUGACUGGAGAUUUUCACACCAGAGUGGCAAACGUAUUUUUGGAUCUAGGUUAUUCUCUGAAUCCAGCAAUAGAUGUUGGACAGAUCGAGGGAGCUUUUAUGCAAGGUUUGGGUUGGGUAGCUUUAGAAGAACUUAAAUGGGGAGAUGAAGCACAUAAAUGGAUCCCGUCUGGGUGCCUUUACACAUGUGGACCUGGAGCUUAUAAAAUUCCUUCUGUAAAUGAUGUUCCCUUCAAAUUCAAUGUCUCACUCCUGAAGGGCCAUCCAAAUGUUAAGGCCAUCCAUUCAUCUAAAGCUGUUGGUGAGCCUCCAUUUUUCCUAGCAUCCGCUGUGUUAUUUGCCAUCAAGGAUGCUAUCAUAGCUGCAAGAGCUGAAAUGGGGCGUAAUGAGUGGUUUCCACUUGACAGUCCAGCAACUCCUGAGAGAAUUCGAAUGGCUUGUUUAGAUGAAUUAACAUCGUCAUUUGUUAACUCAGAUUUCCAUCCCAAACUUAGUGUUUGAUACUCUGUUUAUUCACGUUAAUUUUCUAUGCUCACGAUGAAUAAGUUGCAUGUCCAAAAACCUAGAGAAUCUCCAAUUUAACUCUCACCUACUGAUACAAAUAUGAUGUAGCAAUUGACAAAAAAAGCAAUGGCAACGUACGGGCUCCAUGCCAUCUCUAUCUUGUCUGUAUUGUUUUUAGGUUUAGUUAUCCUUUUGAUUCCUAUAGUUGCAAAAAAAUUUGCUUUUAGUUCCUAUGGUUUAAGACCUUCAUUUUGGUCCCUCUAGUUAUAAUAUUUUAACCUUUUGGUCCUC